AGUCGACCUGAAUCCCCGAGAGGAGCAAUGGCUCUAACAACGCUGCUCUUGCUGGUGGCGGCCGCCCUGACCCUGAUCGAGACCCGCGCGGGCCCACACUCGCUGCGGUAUUUCCACACUGCUGUGUCCUGGCCCGGCCUCGUGGAGCCCCGGUUCAUUAUCGUCGGCUACGUGGACAACAAGCAGUUCGUGCGCUUCGACAGCGACGCGGAAAAUCCGAGGAUGGAGCCGCGGGCGCGGUGGAUGGAGCAGGAGGGGCCGGAGUAUUGGGAGCGGGAGACACAGAAAGCCAAGGGCCAUGAGGAGAGUUUCCGAGUGAGCCUGAGGACCGCACAGAGAUACUACAACCAGAGCAAGGGCGGCUCUCACACACUCCAGUGGAUGUAUGGCUGUGACGUGGGGUCCGACGAGCGCCUCCUCCGCGGGUACCUGCAGUUCGCCUAUGAAGGCCGCGAUUACAUCGCCCUGAACGAAGACCUGAAAACCUGGACGGCGGCGGACAUGGCUGCACAGAUCACCCUACACAAGUGGGAGCAGGCUGGUAUUGCAGAGAGAGACCGGGCCUACCUGGAGGGCGCUUGCGUGCAGUCGCUCCGCAGAUACCUGCAGCUCCGGAAGGAGACGCUGCUGUGCACAGAUCCCCCAAAGGCACAUGUGACCCAUCACCCCAGGUCUUAUGGUGCUGUCACCCUGAGGUGCUGGGCCCUGGGCUUCUACCCUGCUGACAUCACCCUGACUUGGCAGUUGAAUGGGGAGGAGCUGACCCAGGACAUGGAGCUUGUGGAGACCAGGCCUGCAGGGGAUGGAACCUUCCAGAAGUGGGCAUCUGUGGUGGUGCCUCUUGGGAAGGAGCAGAAUUACACAUGCCAUGUGAACCAUGAGGGGCUGCCUGAGCCUCUCACCCUGAGAUGGGAGCCUCCUCCAUCCACUGUCUCCAACAUGGCGAACGUAGCUAUUCUGGUUGUCCUUGUAGCUUGGCCAUCAUUGGAGCUGUGGUGGAUUUUGUGAUGAAGAGAAGGAGACACACAGGUGGACAAGGAGGGGACUAUGCUCUGGCUCCAGACAGCUGCCUGGAGUGGACUCAGUGACAGCCAGUGUGACCUUGGGUCUUCAUUUUUCUUUAGAGAACAGUGUCUGAUGUUCCCUGUGAGCCUAUGGGCUCAAUGUGAAGAAUUGUGGAGCCCAGCCUUCGCCUACACACCAGGACCCUGUCUCUGCAUUGCCCUGUGUUCCCUUCCACCGCCAACCUUCCUGGUCUGCAGUGGAAACUAAGGGUUCUUUGGAAAGUCGGUUGGAUGGCGUUGUGCUGGGGCAAACACAUGAAGGAGUGUUUCCUUAAAGUGGAUACAGGUGUGAAAUCCUAAGGCCGACUCCUGAAGGAACAUUUCACUGAAGCAGACACAGGAGAGAGGAUGUUCUGUUAAACAAGCAUGUGAAAGGAUGCGUGAUGAAGGAUUCUUUGCUAAAGACACACUUAUAUUGGUCUGCCUUACAUUGUGUAGUGGAGCUGCAUUGGUCGGGGCGCCAUAGAGAGAAACGCACCCAAAAAUUCUGAUAGUAUUCUGCAGUUGAUGCUUCCAAGGACAUGAGCUUAUUGGAUGCCUGUGCUGAGGCAAGACGCUUGGAGGACACAUGAUGACUGGAGAGUAUAAAUAGGACUCCAUGGAGUGACUGAGACAGAGUUUGCCUUGCUGGUACAGUGUGUGUCUUGUGUCUUCACUGUUCUUCACUUCCAUAAGAGAGGUACAGCAAAGAACUUCUCCUGGUAUUCCUGCUGGUCCUUCCUGCUGGCCCUAGCUGAGGCCUGGCUGUCUCUGCUAGGUCCUAUCACUUCUGUUGCUAACCUGACUCUACUGAACUGAACAACUGCUAUAUCCCUGAGGUGUUUUCAAGUGGAUGGAGCUGCCACUGCUGACCUGUGAAUUGAACUGCCAACGUCCAGACAACUCACAUGAGAGUUGCUCCCAAGUGUAGUCUCCCCUCCCCCAGCCUGAAACCUGCUUGCUCAGGGGUGGAGCUUCCUGCUCAUUCGUUCUGCCACGCCCACUGCUAGAACCUGCGGAGCCACACACGUGCACCUUUCUACUGGACCAGAGAUUAUUCGGCGGGAAUCGGGUCCCCUCCCCCUUCCUUCAUAACUAGUGUCGCAACAAUAAAAUUUGAGCUUUGAUCAGAAUGGA